UGUGGAGGCGGGCCUGAUCGAAAGUUGUCUGACUGGAUCGGAGAGUUUAGGACGAUUAUUAGAGGAGAAAAGGCCGAGCAAAGGAGGCGCAAUGUCCGAUCUCAGCGUCUCUCUCUCCCUACUGGUGGGGAUUGUAGUUUUUAGCGAGUUGGCGAGGAGAACGGCCUUAUAUCUCUUUCCGAACCGAAACCGCAGCAUCUACGCGCUGGAGUUAAUUUCCACGUUUCAGUUGUGCGCGUGCACGCACGAAUUAAAGCUCCUCUCGGAGGUGGGCGGACUGGAGCCGAGCGUCGCGCUGUCAUGCACGUAUUUGAUAUCGGUGGUCCACGGGCUUUCAUUCCACGGCGCGAUGUGCAACCCCGUCGGGGUCGUGGAGCAGCUCUGGCGCGGGACUCUCACCCGCCGGUGCGCGCUGGCGCGGAUCUCGUGCCAGCUGAUAGCAGCUGUGCUGGCGCGCGGCGCGAUGCCCCACGCGUGGACACUUUCUCUUUCUGACCUGCACGCGCAGCACAAACUGGCGAGCUUUAAAUGCACGAACAACCCCAUCAAUGCCCCUCUGGCCCAGGCCGCUGCGGUGGAGCUGGCCUGCGCGCUCGUGAUGCACACCUCUGUCUCUAACGUGGAUAAAAUUCAGGAGAUUUAUCGAGUUCCUGCCAUAGCAGCAAUCAUCACAACUUUAGUCUAUGCAGGUGGACACCUCACUGGGGCCGUGUUCAAUCCGGCACUUGCCUUCUCAAUCCAGUUUCCCUGUCCUGGGAAUACAUUCACAGAAUACAGCUUUGUGUACUGGCUGGGACCAAUACUAGGUAUGACCGUCUCUCUGCUGCUUUGUGAGAAAGUGAUGCCGGUCUUUUCCGGAAAAAGCACAAUUCCAAACUCUGAUGGACUCAAGAAAAAGAUUAAGUAAAUGAAUGUGAUAUUUUAUUCAGUAGUUUUAUGUUAAGCUACUUUUACUUAUGUUAAGUACUGUGAAUGCACAAAAUGUUAUGACACUAUGCCCUGGUUCCACAGACAAGGCUUAAGGCUAGUCUUAAAGCUGUCUCAACUGAAACUAACUUGCACUGAUAGAUCUUAAAAUAUGCCAUUAUCAUUGAUUUGUCUCAAGAUGACACUAAGGCAUGUUUAUUAAAUAUGCUUAAACAUCUUCAUUUAACUUCAGCCUAGUCCUGGCUUUAGCAAAGCUUUGUCUGUGAAUCCAUGCCUAUUAGUCUAGUUUCUCAAGACCAUCUCAAUUAUUCUUAGGGGUGGUUUUCCCAGACAGGGAUUAGACUAGUCCUAGACUAAAAUAAAUGUAAGAGCUCUCCAAACUGAAAAGAACUUGAUCAUAUCUUAAAAUACAUCAGUGCCCUUUGUUUUGCCUCAAAAUGCACACAAGUAAUGUUUUUAGUAAGGCAUGUUUGUUUAAACUAGUUACAUUUCCUAAUUAAACUAAGGCCUAGUCCUGGCUUUAGAUAAUCCCUAUCCAAGAAACCACCCCAUAAUGUUUAUAGUUUUAAGGGACUUACUGGUUGAUUAAUACUUUUUUAGGUUUGAUAAUGUCUUAAAAGGUUAAAACUUUUAAAUGAAAUAUAAAUGCAUAUGCACAAUGACUUCAUAAAAAGCACAUGCUGUCUAAACUGAGAUGUAUUACAAAUAAUAAUGACAGUUUUACCUUUUAUGGUUUUUAAAUCAAUUUUCUCGCUGUAAUAUUUACCUCACUACACUUUUAAUCUGUUACGUUGAUUUUUAGUCAUACAUUCCUGGAGUAAGACACUUUAAAGCAUUCUUACAGCGCUGUUGGGAUGUAAUUUUUAAUUCUGUUCAUCUAGCGAUGAUUUGAACCUAUCAGUAGGUAUGAUAUGGACCUUUUAUAGUGCCUUUGAACUGUUUUGUAUUAAAUAACCUUGCUGAACUUGGAGAUCUGUGAAAUGCAGAAUGGAAUAACACGAUCCUGUGUCUGGAGAUAAAAAUUAAGCUGUAUUAAAGAUCUAUUUAUUAAUCUGUUUUUAAUUAAACUUAUAAACCAGAAAUCCAGUGUUUGGUUUUUUUAACCUGAGAGAUCAGUUGUUGUGAAAUAGUUCUUGUCACGUGAAGAACCUUUGGACCUUUACUCUUUAAAACUGAUCUCCACCCAGUGCAAAACACAAAUG